CGAUGGUACGCCCACGACUCGUACAGGAAGGCAAUCCUAUUGUCAACUCCCAGGUCAGACGCCCGAAUGAACAUAAUGUCGGUGUGAUGCCACAAGGAGUUCAAAAACAGGCAACGUCGUCCCAGCAGCAGUAUUCCUCCACAUCAAGUUGCUCUUCUUCACAGGAAGCCUCGUCUCUGCUACAAGCGGCCGGUGGCCAAAUUCCCAGCCCUCAUCGUCACAAGUAUACCGCGGCUUCCAGAUUUACAAUAAACGACGAUGCGAUGGACGAUGAUUCGGUCAUGCAUACGAGUGCGCUGUCCAUUCAAAACCAAUAUCGUCAUCCCUCGAGCUCACCUCAAAACCUGUCCCCAAUUCAGCACGGCUCGCACUUUGGUAAUGGUCAAAGCUCUCCGUCACAACCGCAAUCAGCAAAUUCUUCGCACAAUGGACCGAACGCUCGAGAAAACAAAAGCGCAUACACGGGGACAUCUCAUACCUACAGUCAACCAUCUCACUUUGAAAUCGGGGCGGAUUAUCGACCUUUGGAGCGCAUGGAAGGAGUAGAAGACCAUUCAGAAAAGACUCCGUUAGUAGUUUUAGACGGCGCCAACCUUUCUUAUGCGUACGCUCAAACGUUGCUGGGAGUUGAUAAUCGCCACCGGAGGGCGCGGUUCGACCCUGAUGUCCGCGGCAUUCGGGUCGCCUGCGAAUACUUUGUGCAAGCCGGCCUACGAGUACUGGCAGUCUUGCCUUCCUCCUGGUACAAUCAGAAGCCACGCGCGGGCAACAAUCUAUCGGCUGAAAACGCUUGGAUGCAGCAGGACCAGUUGGAAACACUUCGGUUGCUGCGUGAAAAAUCGUGGUUGGUUGGUGCACCACCGACCGACGACGACGAUGCGUACGUCCUCACGAUUGCCCAGCGAGAGAACGUUCGCGCCUCCCGCCGGCAUGGGCAGCAUGGACCGGCCUUUGUACUUUCGAACGACUUGUUUCGAGAUGCGCAGGAUCGAGAUGCAACGGAACAGUUGCGGGGAUGGUUACAAAACGGUAUUGAUUCACACGGUCCUGGGCGAAUUUCAUACGCCUUUGUUGACAUGGGGCAAUUGGAUGAGUACGGACAGCGCGAGUUGGACAUUGUACCGAAUCCCAGACAUCCAUUGGUGCUUUGUAUCGAGCAGUCUCAUUCUGUAGCACAGCGACACAUUUGAGGGUUUUUCGUUUGAAAUAGGAAAGCUGCUAUCGUUAAUAACACUUAUCGUCGUUCU